UACCUGCUGGUGAAGGAGAGGACCGCUCCGUACGUAGCUUGACUGGAACGGCGAUAUGGACAUGUAGCUGUCUGAGGCCUAUAUAAAUCCAUCAUGCUGAGCCACUGUCGGAAACAGUUCUAAUCCAGGUUUGUUUCGAAGGAUCUGAAGAUGGUUGAAAACGUCGAUGAAAAAUCACGACUUAUCUUGGCCGAAUUAAACGGCAAACCAAAAGGAUGCUGUCAACGCCACGUGCUCUCCGUCUUGGGAUUCCUUGGGUUUUUCAUGUCAUAUGUCUUGAGAGUCAGUUUCAAUGUGGCACUGGUUGCCAUGGUAAACAAGACACAAACAGCGAAUACGUCACACCCGUCAGAAUGCCCAGUUGAUGUGCAUGACAAUGGUACAGCUGAUGAUUCAUCUCCAACUGGUGAAUUCGACUGGAGUCCCCAGACCCAAGGCACCAUCCUUGGUGCCUUCUACUAUGGUUACAUGAUCACCCAAAUUCCCGGAGGUAUCAUCUCAGAGAGAUUUGGCGGCAAAUGGCCAUUUGGUGUCGGGGUCUUGCUGACCGGUAUCCUGACUUUACUUACACCAGUUGCCGCCAGGACUGAUGUGUCGCUGCUGGUUGUGCUAAGGGUUCUUGAAGGACUGGGUGAGGGAAUUACAAUUGGAGCCUACUACGCUCUCAUUGGGAAAUGGUCACCGCCACUGGAGAGAAGUUUCAUGGUUUCCCUUGGUUUCGUUGGGACGGAAGUGGGCACAGUCGUAGCCAUGCCGAUCACAGGGUGGCUCUGUGAAUAUGGCUUUGACGGGGGCUGGCCCUCUGCAUUUUAUAUAUUUGGCUCUGCGACGUGCGUGUGGUUUCUCUUCUGGGCUGUCCUCGUUUCAAGUUCACCGGCCGAGCAUCCCCGGAUCUCAGAGGAAGAAAAGAAAUACAUCAUAAAGAUGAUUGGUGAUUCAAGCAAGACCAAGCUGGCCGUGCCAUGGAAAGCGCUCCUCACCUCCCCUACCAUCCUAGCGUUCGUAAUGCUUCACACAAGUGCUAUGUACCUCUUCUACACAAUUCUGACAGACCUUCCGACCUACAUGAGCACAAUCCUGCACGUUGACAUUGGCAAGAAUGGCGUGUUGUCGUCGUUGCCAGCCCUAGCCUUCGUUAUACUCGGGUUCACUUCCGGUUACAUCGCCGACUUGAUCCUGGCUAAAGGCUAUCUGAGGUUGGUGACCGUGCGGAAACUUUGUACAGCAAUUGGAAUGUUCUUGCCGGCUGCGGCGAUAAUUGGCGCCGGUUACAUCGGCUGUAACUACAUUCUCGGGGUCGCCCUGCUGACCAUCAGCGCCGGUCUCCAAGCCGUGGCGCUUUCGGGGUACUAUUCAAAUCUGGUGGAUAUAGCACCACCUUUCGCGGGGACGAUCAGCGGUAUUGGGAACACAUUUGGGACGGCCGCGGGCAUAGCGGCUCCGGCGGUGGUUGGGGCGCUGACCAAUAAUAAUCAAACACAAGAACAAUGGCGGAUCAUCUUUCUGAUCGCGGGUUUCCUGAGUAUGGUGUCCUCCAUUCCUUAUCUUAUAUUCGGCACAGCGGAGCGUGCACCGUGGAGCUUUGAGAGAGAGGAAAACGCGCCAACGAAAUCGGGGUUGACGGCAUUGGCGCUAAACACGGCAAAGAAGAAGAAUAACGAUGAGGUGCGUUUACAGGAGAAUCUCUCGUGAUGAGUGAUUAAACAAUGCUUGUGACAGAGGAGAUAAACGGGGGAAUCCGUUCUACUGGUGUAGUAUCUCACCCCGCGACCAGAAAGACCACGAUGUACUAAUUAUCAACCUAAAGUUUAUUCCUUGUUCCUUGUUUACUCCCUGAACAAAAUAAAUACAUUUUGAUGUACA